AUGGAGCACUCACGGGCAGUGCAAAUCAAUUCACAAAGUGUGCGACCCCCAGCAUUUCAUGAUAUUCACAGUGUGCGACCCCCAGCAUUUCAUGAUAUUCACAGUGUGCGACCCCCAGCAUUUCAUGAUAUUUACAGUGUGCGACCCCCAGCAUUUCAUGAUAUUUACAGUGUGCGACCCCGAACAUUUCAUGAUAUUUACAGUGUGCGACCCCCAGCAUUUCAUGAUAUUUACAGUGUGCGACCCCGAGCAUUUCAUGAUAUUCACAGUGUGCGACCCCCAGCAUUUCAUGAUAUUCACAGUGUGCGACCCCCAGCAUUUCAUGAUAUUUACAGUGUGCGACCCCCAGCAUUUCAUGAUAUUUACAGUGUGCGACCCCGAGCAUUUCAUGAUAUUCACAGUGUGCGACCCCCAGCAUUUCAUGAUAUUCACAGUGUGCGACCCCCAGCAUUUCAUGAUAUUCACAGUGUGCGACCCCCAGCAUUUCAUGAUAUUCACAGUGUGCAACCCCCAGCAUUUCAUGAUAUUCACAGUGUGCGACCCCCAGCAUUUCAUGAUAUUUACAGUGUGCGACCCCCAGCAUUUCACUAUAUUCACAGUGUGCGACCCCCAGCAUUUCAUGAUAUUCACAGUGUGCGACCCCCAGCAUUUCAUGAUAUUCACAGUGUGCGACCCCCAGCAUUUCCUGAUAUUCACAGUGUGCGACCCCCAGCAUUUCAUGAUAUUCACAGUGUGCGACCCCCAGCAUUUCAUGAUAUUCACAGUGUGCGACCCCCAGCAUUUCAUGAUAUUCACAGUGAGAUCAUGUAA